ACUCGACUCGUCGGUCCACGUCGCGGCUAUUGUCAAAGUGGCGCAAAGUACUUAAAAAUAUACGACGAAACCAUUGGAAUAGCCACCAAAAUCCGUAUACAGUCAAGUAGAUUUCUCUUGUCGAUCUUCGUUUGGUUGCAUUCUGCUACUUUUCGCUGUGAGGUGUUUGGUGUGAAAAGAAAAAAAUGAAUUUGAAAUUCAAUUUGACGUUCCUGUCUCUGGCACUUGUCUGCCUCAUCUCUGUCAUACUGUUGACUCAUACUGUGGAAAUUGAGGCAGUUGGAUCUGGAGACGCCGCAUGCAAAGAGCUAAAUAAUGUCAACUGCUAUGUGGGCCGCAACGAGGGAAAUUACUGCAGCAGCAAGGACCAGACAAGGACCCUGACCCGCUGGUACUACGACAAGGGCGCCUGCCGCCCAUUCACCUACAAGGGUUGCAAUGGAAAUCGGAAUCGCUUCUGCACGCAGAAGAGCUGUGAGUCGCGUUGUGGCGACGAAUGAAUAACCAAAAUCGCACACUCACUUAUGCACACAGUUUCAACAUUCAGUUACACAUCCACUUAGUUCAUAAGUUUAUAUGUACCAUACAUAAAAAUGUAUAGGCUAAGUAUUGAGCACAAAUACAAGCAACAGAGCAAG